AAGAUGGGGCAACGACGUUCGGAAAUGGUUUAAUUUGCAUAGAGUUACUAUACUGAGUUGGUUAUAUUAACUCUAUAAUUUAUUGAGAUGUCGCCGCCAUGUCGCCAUUCUAUGUCGCCGCUUUGAAGUGGAGGUCGACGUGCGAGCAAAAGCGCUCCGCUGCGACAUUUCGAGUGACGCUCAAUCUGCAUCCUACUGCAGGCGGACGCAAACAUUAUGUUGACCAACUUGUAUGGGAACAACACCGCUUGCAGAAAAGCCACCGUGCGGUUAUAAAUUAAUGGGACGCCCGAGUGAGCAAAUUCAAGCUUGCGGCGAUGAUGAUGUCCGACAAGUGAAUGGCGCGAAGACGCACAGUGCGUUCAAAGCGUACGUGGGUGCGUUACACAUUCCCGACGUGUCAUCGCUUGGUCCUCGCGGUGGGUGGUCUUAAAUGAAAAUUCCUCCAUUCUCUACUCGAAUUGACCGUGGAAACAGCACGCAAGAGAAGACGGAAAGGUGCUGCCGCAUGUAUAUGUAGCCGUCUGCACCACGGAACGCUACAUAUCGGCCACGCGUUCACUGCGUCCGCGCGCUCUUUCAUUGCCUUCCGGCGCACAACGGCGGACAUCUGCUAUCUACACAUCUAUAGCACAUCUCCUAGGGAGCCUCGGUUAUACUGCAUGAGUUCACCUGAAGACCGGCUCAUUACUGAGGAAGCUGCUACUGGUUGCUCCCAUCAUGGCAGGGCCUGAUGAUGCUGUUGCCCUGCAGACAUUACUGGCACAUAUCCAAACUGCAGUAUGGAGAGAGGGUGUGCCUAUUGCAAGACUGGAAGAGAUGCUUGCCCAACUUCCUGCAAAAUUCAGAGGACGGUUUGCGGCAACAAGAGAAACCAUAGAGUUAGUUGUCAGUCACUUUCCCACUAAACUUUACAUAGGCUCUGAUGAUAAAGUCUAUACUCAUUCGGAAGCCCACCAGGUGUCUACAGGCACGUUGGAAAAGCACAAGUUCAAUGCUAAAGAUGAGGCAGGCGCCAUCACACAUUUCCGUGACGUCAAGGGCUACAUCUCCAAUGUGAUGAGUGGCUAUGGCUUCGCUGAGAUGAAAUAUCCUGUGGAAGCACUCGUUUUUGUGCACAGGACAGUCGUCAAGCAUGGCAGACCAAAUGACCCAAACAGACUAGGUCUACAAGAAGGGGACACAGUCAUUAUGGAUGUGAAAAAGACUGGUUUAGGCACAAGUGCCCAGUACCAAGCUACGAAUGUGAGAAUUCAUGAAGACGCAUCUCGGCCUGUGCACGAUUUGCUCCCUGUCGUGGCGCCUCGUGUGGGCAAUGAAGAGCACAUAUCAAACCAGAUUGGCACCAUUCACUUGCUUAAACACGACAGUGGGCUCAUCAGUUUUGGUUCUGAAGGUGCAGAGUGUGCCUUCUUCAUGAGGAGCUGCAUUUCUAAGACAUUGCUGAAACCCACAGAGAAGUUGUCUGAAGUAUUCAGUGUUGGUGACAAGGUGUGCUUUGAUGCGCAGCUAAACCAUGAUACAAGCAAACAAGAGAAGUGGCAGGCAACCAUGGUGACCACAAUCCAGCGCUGUGGGUCUCACAGCACGGUGUUCGGUGAUGUUUACAAGGAACCUACCAGAACUGCGGUUGCAGUGAGAAGGUGCGUUCCUGAAGCCUUGCGGAAACCCUCAGAGACACUGUCCGAGGGAUUCAGUGCUGGUGGUAAGCUGUGCUUUGAUGCACAGCAAAACCUUGUUCCAACCAGGCAAGAGAAGUGGCAGCCAACCAUGGUGACCACAGUCCAGUGCACUGGGUCUAGCAAAGUGUUCAAUGGUGCCUACAAGGCACCUACCACAACUGCAGCUGCGAGGAGCUGCAUUCCUGAGACCUUGCUGAAACCCACAGAGGCACUGCCCAAGGUAUCCAGUGUUGGCGACAAGGUGUGCUUUGAUGUAAAGCAAAACCUUGUCCUGAGCAGGCAAGAGAAAUGGCAGCCAACCAUGGUGACCACAGUCCAGCGCAGCCAGUCUACCAAAGUGUUCGAUAAUGUUUACAAGCUGCCUACCAUGACUGCAGCUGCAGUAGAGGAGAAUAAAAAAAAGAAACCAUCUUGUGCUGACCUCAGGAAGAAACAUGCACGUGGUGGCUGUCACCUUGACCAGCGUGUCAGUGUAGCGUUCUCCGCCCGCAAAAAAAUUUCAAAGUACAGAGGCACAUUUCAUGCUGAGUCUGAAACACUGGGGCACGUAAAAUGCCAUUGUGAUGGCACCAUUGUGUUAACGCUCAUUGACACUGUGUACGGGCAGGGCAAGAAGAUCCAGUCUUUUAGGAAGUUGUUGGAAGGCCCUGCUGUUGAAAACAAGGUGGAUGUCUUUGUCGAUGCUGUUGAAGCUGAAAGCAAUUUCUGGCUCGCAACUCUUGUGUGGACAGGCGAGCGCCCUGUGAAACCACACGUGAAUCGCAGUGAGGACAUGUUUUCUUCCCUUCUUGACUCUGUGAGGGACGAGAAGGGGAGCAGUGGUUUUGCAGCGGUCAAAUACGACCUUGUUGCCUGCCAAAAGUGUCUCUCCACUCCUGGAGAGGACAUUUCGCUCUACCCGACCAAGAGCAUUGACCUACCUGCAGUACAGCAGACGACGGUUCAGCUGCAGGAGCCCAGUGUCUGCCUACCAACAGCAUUCUCUACUUCCCACAAGGGUGGCAUCGUCCACUCUGAUGUGUCAUCGGGCUGGAAGCCCUGUGCUGCAGUCCCACUCGACAGCAGUCGGUCCUCUGGAGUAGUUGACGUUGCUGCCACACAGAAAACCACAUGUCCUGCUCCUGUCGGCAUUGCCAUGCCACGCACUGCAGGCACAUCUGAAGCGACAGCAUUUCAAGGCUCCGUCGGUGCCGAUCUUGCCGGCACCUUGCCCGGGCAGCUGGCAGCGUGUUCUGACAUGCCUGGAACAAGGCAACCGGCAGCAGCCUUGCUUGGCAGAGAUGACUUGACUGAGGAGUACGGUGACGUUGAUGACGAAUACUACAAUCUCGAUGAAGAAACCGUGCAGUGGCUUACCGCACGCAUCGCGAAAACAGUCCAAGAUGUCAUCAAACGGGAGCUGCAGACAGUCCGGCUCAAGUUUCUGGGGCGCAUGGGCAUCACUGGGGAAGCAGCUGGUGUGAGUUCCGACCACAACGGUCCCUCCGUGGAGAGCUCAAAGACUUCAGUGGACUCGGGGCAGCUGCAAUUGCAGGCAGCUGAAGCACCAGAAACAACUGCAGGUGCUGGCCACGAGGACUACUGGGAUCUUCAUGAGGAAACUGCGGAGAAGCUUAGAAAACGCAUCACGAAGGACGUCCAACCCGUCAUACACCAGGUGCUGGAGGCAGUAAGGCUCAAGUUCCUGAGGCUGUUGGGGAUUGCUGCAGGAGCAGUUGACUGAGGUCUGCAUUCAGAACAGACCUCAGUCAACUGGCAACACAAAGCCCAUGACUUGCGGCGCAGGCGUAACCAAGGCGAUUAGAAAAAAGCCCGGGGUGUCGUGCGCUAUAGUGAGCUGUCUGCCAAGCCUUCACAAGGUGCCGAUGGCGAUGCUCGGCGGAGCGCUGCCACGGGCUCUUGCGUUCACACUAGCGCGUAUGCUACGUUGCACACCUGUACAUUGUUUGACUUAUAAAAUUCUAUUGGUCGAAA